AAACGCAUUUCCGCCCGUGCUUUUAUUGUGUUGGUCUCCUGAGCGGAAGUGGAGUGUAAGCGUUAGAUAAGGAGCUCAGCAUCGACUCCGCUGCUGCUGCUGCUGCUGCGCUUCUCUUCACUGUGUCUGUGCGGAGAUGUUAGACCGUUCACGGUGAAAAAGCACCGAAGCUCUGCCCCGUGGAAAUGCCUCACCGCCGCAGGCUGUAACCGAGCGGGAUUCGCGGACAGCCGAGCGGGGCAGAGAAGGCCAGGUCUCCGGGACAGGUUGGGAAGAAAACACCGGCAGGAUGUGGCAAGUUUUAGCAUGCGGGGCUGUAGUUUUCCCCGGUCUUUUCUUCGUCUUCAGGAAGAUUCUGCCCGCUGUGUUCAAACACUGGACCGAUGCCGACGUGGUUCUGGUCAGCGAGAGACUGGUGUCCUCCAUCCACGCUGUCAUGGCAACAACAGUGGGGAUCAUCAUCGUUUCCUCAUGCAGCAACAACAUCAUUUAUGACAGGCACUGGCUGGCCACCUAUUUCGUCAUUUGGUACGGCGUCCCCUACAUGACGUACGACAUCUUCGCCAUGUACCUCAGCCACUACUACCGCUACCACGUCAAGGGCCACGAGGACUACAAGCAGCACUCACUGAGGACCGUCAACUCCUUCGUCCGGAGAGAGUUUCUGCUGGUGCUGCACCACAUCGCGCUGCUCACCAUCCUGCUGCCUAUCACACUGUUCUUCAGGAAGGACCAGGGGGAUUUCUUCAUCGGCUGCUUGUUCCUGACGGAGCUCAGCACGCCCUUCGUCUCCCUGGGGAAGAUCCUCAUCCAGCUGAGCCUCCAGGAGUGCUGGCUGCAUAAGGCCAACGGCGGCAUGGUGCUGCUGACCUUCUUCAUCUGCCGCAUCGCCCUCUUCCCCUUCAUGUACUGGAUGUACGGCCGUCACUACGGCAUCCCGCUGCACGCCGUUCCCUUCCACCUGCCGCUCGCCACCAACCUGGGUAACUGCUGCAUCCUGGCUCCGCAGCUCUACUGGUUUGUGCUGCUGGUGAGGAAGGGCUACCGGCUGUACCUGCGGAGCCGCGGGCCGCCGCCCGCCAAGGAGGAUUGAUGCUGCGGCUGCGCUAACUGGACCCGUUACGGUACUGUAGUUCACCAGGACUGCCUGCUCUCUGUCGCUCCUCCUGGGCCUCCAUACUCCAACUCCUCUGUAACAAAGCUGUUGCCUGAAGGACCUCUCACUCUGUCUGAUUUUACUGCACUCUGAAGAAAGGUCACAUUCACCUCACUGGGAGCGGGAGGCGGAGCUUCCUGGAGGCUUUCCCUGAUUGUUCACUCCUGCUGUUUGUACAGCUGCUGCUGAUGGAGAGGUUUGUUACCGCGCUAACUGCUAGCCGCUAGUGGUUGGUGGUUAUGUCACAGCUCUGAUGUCACGUCUCCUGGGAGCGCCUCAUCCACAUUUAAAUCUGUUACAAAUCCGCAUUAAUAUUCCAACUACGCUGUUUAUUUUGAAACUUUAUUGGGGCGAUUAAACGUUUUUGAAAUUUCAGGGUGGCAGAAGUUUCAAGGGCUUAUUUUUAGGAUCUGAUUUCAUCGUUAAAAUCGGAAACAGAUUGGAUCAUCCAGGAGUUUUUUUUUAUUUUUAUUUACUGCUGUGUGAUUUUUCUAAUGUGAAUUUCCUUUUUCAUUGCAUAAUCUCAGUUUAGGUUACACUGGAGGAGAGCGGGGUUAGAGCAGCUGGGAAGAGGCAGGAUGAUGGCUCAGGUUCUGGUCCAGUAAGGCUAAUGCUAGCUUCUUAGCUGAACGUAUUGUCCAGAAACCCAGUUUAUUAACAAAAAGAAACAAUUCAGCAUGCCACCUUUAUUGGGUCAUCACAAAACUUGGACAGCCACAUUUAUUUAGUUAUUUUUUCUUUUUUCCCAUUUUUUCUUUUCUUUUUUUGCAUUUUUUUUCUUUUUGUCUUUUUUCUCUUUUUGUUCCCAACAGUUUCAUUAAGACCAGAAAAAUGUAACACUAAAAUAUACAAACCGGCCAAUCACGUGUACAGAUGGGCGGACCAAUGAGCCGUCAGGGGGCGGGGCUUGCGGUGUGGCGGUAGCAGAGGUUCACUCUGCUCUCAGCUGAACCAUUUAAACAUUCAGACUCUGUUUUUCUGCACCGUCUCAGUCCAAAUCAGCUGCUUGAGGUUUUAUUUGAACCGUGUUGGGCCUCAGGCCCGGACAUGUCGCCCUGCUAACAAGGCUGACAUCAGGAGGUCAGGGGUCAGCCUCUCAGUGGGUCCAUCAGUUUGUGUGAACUUCUUUGAGUGACUGCCUAAAGUUCUUAACAGGAACGACUAUAUAUGAAGAUUUAAAGAUUGAAAUCAUGUUUUAUUUUAGCUUGAAGACAGUUUGCUAACUCAAAGUGAACCUGCUGAACAUGAGAGGACCAUUCCCUCAUCCUGGUAGAGAUUUAUCUGAAAGAUAAUCAACACUUAUUGAUUAGUUUUAGCUUGUUGUCUAUAUCAAUAAAAUAUCUAUAGAAAAACUAAUUAUAUUUCACAUCUAGGGUUUGAAGUCUUGAAGACUUUGUGUGUCAGAUGAUUUUAUUGUUUCCUGUAACUUCUCUAUGCAACAGAGGCCUCUGCAGCGCCGCAGUCAGCCGUAACGAAGUCAUCCUUUGACAUAAAGAUCCAACGCUACGUUUCAAACUUCCCCAUCUGGUUGGUCAGAUUUAAAGCUGUAGGGUCAUUAUUGAAAACCGGAUCAGGAUUAAUGUACUAGGCUGUGUUCACACAGCAGGUCUGGAUUCUAAACUCCCAUUUUUAAUUUUUGUGCGGCCAUUCAUGACACUAAUUAAAUACAACCGCAAUCAGAUUUCUGUGUGAGCGGUUUGUGACACCAAAAUGAAGAAGAACGUAGCCGUCUUCCAGCAGCGCUCUGUCUGCAGCAGUAAAGAUGGCCGCAGCACUCUGGAUGGGUUUUAAAAUUAUUCAGAGCCGACAGCAUGGCCACCAGAUCAGAAAGAUCACAUCAGCUGAUAAACAGAAAGACACACAGACUCACAGCAACGGCCCGUAGAGGAACACUGACCGCGGCUUCUGACCCGGUUCUGUUUGGACGUGGAGUCAGACCAGGAAUGGUGGGGUUGGGCUGUGAUGCGUUCACUGACUCAGACUGAUUUCAUCACUUCAUUAUAGUCAUUAUCAUUUUCAGCUUUGUUUACGUCCAGAUUUACUGCCUGGAUUUUUCUGGUUAAGUAAAAUUCGGAUAAAAUGCGACACGACCGUUCAAACUGCAGAUGUUUUGAAAACUACCAGAUUUGAUUUAGUUCCACGUCUGGAAGUGGAGUGGCUCUGAACGGGACCGUUCAGGCUGCUGUGAAAAAGUCCGAUUUGGGUCGUAGUCACCUGCUGUGUGAACGUAUGAGACACUACGGAUAAAAAAGGUGGAGAAGGUUCUGGUUUAGGCUCGGCUCUUCCGGUUCUGGACCAGUGAAGGUCGGACCACUUCCUAGUGGGAAUAGUGGGAGGAAUCGGUCCGGAUGGAUGAGGUGAGGCCUGUUGCUCUGAUUUGUUAACAGUCGGCUUCCUGGACCUAGCCUUGGGGAUGGAGUAGAGCAUCUCCAUGUUGGGAACUCUUUGCUCUCUUAGGAUGUCUUUCCAGACAUCAUAAGAUGUCUGGAAAGAACUGAAUCCUAAGAUUCAGUUCUGUUGGAACCAAAACGUCAGCAUCUGAUCCAUCUCCAGCUGCUGUGGUUCUCUGGUUCUUGGUUGGUCGCUUGGAGACUGCAGCUAGCUUAAAGCUGCUGCUGGAAGUUCCAACCUUCAUCCAUAGCAAGCUGAUUUCUGGGCCGGGUUUUGCUUGGUGCAGAACCGUUAAGCAGGCCUGACCAGAUCUGACUUCAUCUUCAGUGAUUAUUCAGCAUUUCUAACACUGGCCUCAGUGAUAUAAGCUAGCAGAGCUAAGUUGUAGCAGAGCAUGGGACUAAGCUGAGUCAGGAAGUGCUGUUGUCUGGAUUACUGAUGGGAUCAAUCAAAAGUUCUGGUCGCUUUGUGGUUUUAUUUCCUCCACCCACAAGCUAACAGAACUUGGACACUUCAGUGUUCCAGAUCAUCAAACCAGGUUUUAUAUCGGAGUGAAAACAACCAAUUCAUUAGGACCUGUCUGACAGCACGAAGUAGGCAAAUCACAUCCAAUCUGAAGAAAUUCGAGGAACAGAGUAUAAAUAAACAUCCAUCUGUCUAGAAAGAGUUACAGAACCAUCUAGAAGGUUCUGGGUUUCCAGAGAACCUCAGUAGAAGCAGGAUCCACACAUGGAGAACCUUCCCAGGCCAGGCUAAGGUACCAGAAUGGAUCCAGGAAAACAUCAGGGACUCCUCCAGGAGGUCCAAUAGAACCCACAACAAAGUUUUUAUGACAUAUUGGCUGGAACCAUAGCUUCUCCCUCAGUUAAGGUCAGAGGUCACAACUGCAUAAUAAGUCAGAGAAACUGGGCAAAAAUGGCUUCCAUGGGAGUGAUCUAAGAUCAGAACCACUGCUGACCCAAAACAGCACAAAGACUCAUCCUGAUGUUCUGAUCUUUGUCCGACCGUCAGUCAGUCUGUGAUCUUAAACUCUGUAACGUCUCAAACACCAAAACGACGGUUUUGGAGUGGCCUAGUCAAAGUCUAGACAUGGCAUAACACUUUAGCACACCCUCAAACAGGUUCGGUAAAGCAGCGAGGGUCAAAGUUCCUCCAGAGAGACUCAAGAACAUCUGGUGGAACCAGCAGUUUGGAGGUUUGGGGUGUGAAUACUUUCCCCAGCAGACCGGUCGGGUUUCCUUUGUCUCACAUUAAGUCUGGUUUGGUGAUCUGAAUCGUUAAAGUGUCUCUUUAAUGUGCUAAAGCGUUCCUGCAGAUAAUUCCCUUCUUCUCAUUCGCUGGAGCCAGUCAAGUUAGAGUCCUCUGCUGCCCCCUGCUGGCGGGACUCAUCCCUGCAGCCGCAUGUUUUCCUCCGUCCAGCUCCCAUAAAACGCGCGGAAGAACAGGAAGGAAUAUUUUGCUGCUUCAUUAAUACAUAUUCUGAGGUUUUAAUAAACCUGAUACCUCAAACAUUAAUUAUUCCUUGUUUUGCUUUUAAGGUGAAUCUUAUCCAUUCUGAGAGCAGAAACCAGAACUUAAAGAAAUUAAUCAACCCAUAAAAAAAUCUGAGCCUCACAUCUUAAAUUGAAUACAUGCAGCGUUUUUAUUUUAAUUUGUUUUUACUAUUAAUGUAUUUGUAAACAUAUUAAGCAUAUCUUUAUUUGUAUGGCAAGUCGUUGGUAUCAAAAGUAAAUCAUGGAUAACAGGAUAGGGCAUUUUAACCAAUUCAACUCACCUUACCAGCUAUUUUUAAAACAUAAAUCAUUAUUAAUCUUUAACAGGAAUGUGUUUAUUUCUUACUUAGUUCACUACUGUAGUUUUUUGUUUUGUUUUAGAACUUGAACUGAUGUUUUAGUGAUUCUAAAUUUGUAGUGAUUGGUUAAAAUUCCCUAAAAUCCAGGAGGAAAGCGCUAAAAAAACAACUUCUUGUUAAUAAAAUAAGCACAAAGCGCCAUUAUGUCACUGUUGCUAAGUAAAAAUAAACUCUCCCCCCCAAAAAAAGUUUGAUUAGAACAGGGGUGUCCAAACUUUUUGUCACUGGAAUCUGAAGUACUCAGGCCAAAAAUAAAAAUAAGUAAAUAGAUUUUGUUUUUCAGUUUGUGGGAAAAGGAUUUUAUUCAAUAUAAAGAUAAAAAAACUUUAAAAGCAUUUUAUUAUAAGAAAGGAAUCUGGUUUCCAAAUUAUUUUUGGCUCGAUUGAACAAAUUUAUUUUCAGCUACAAAAGCAGAAUUUGGGUCACUUUAUUUCAACAUUAUUGUGUUUAGCCUAAUUUAAUAAAUUAAAUAAAUCUGGUUUAGCUGCAGGACAUUUUCUGGAUAAAUGUUCUACUCUUGAUAAAAUCCUGGAAAUUAAAAGACUAAUACUUUGUAAUGUACUGAACAUUUUCCAUUGUUAAAAUAUUAUGUCUGUAUUAAUUUUACCUUGAUUAAAAAUCUAACAUUGGACACCCCCAAUGCAUUAACAUCCAGAUUAUUUUUUAUACCAACGGCUUGCCAUAUUUCCAGCUCAUCAAAAGCUUUCAGUAAUAAUCCAGAACGUUUUUAGAUCCAUAAAUUACAGUCCUAAGUAAACCAAAGAGUCCCAUUACGGAGAGAAUAUAAAGACAGAAAACUAAACUGACCUUCAGUCUGUUUAACUUUAUUUUUAGCAUCUAGCCGUAAAAAAUACCGACUUCUAUUAAAGUUUUAUAUUAUAAAUUCUAUUUUUCAGUUUUGAAAAUGGAGUUAGGCUGCAAAAAAAAAUUCACCAGGAUCUUCUAAAUAUUAUUGGACGUAGUUUAGACUUGCAGGACUACUUCAUUAGGUACAUCUGUUUUAUUACUCUCCAACACAAAGCUGCUGAUCUACUGGGAUUUUCACCUAUAACCUGUUAUCCUGUUUGUUUAUCAGCUGACUUCUACCAUAAAAGAAGACUUCUUUAGAAAACACAAAUGUGAAUUUGAUUUAUUCAACUUGUUUAAAAGACAGCGAUCCAAAUUCUGUUUUUAUGUCUGUCAAUAGGCUGAACGUUUCUCUGCUAACUGGAUAUUUUGAUGUUCAUAAUGUGAAAAAGUCUUACUUUUUUUUUAUCUACAAAUAUUUAAGCUUCCUCUUGCUGUUUUCAAAGAAAAAAAAAUAAAUAAACUGACUUUUUUUUCCUCAUUUAAUCAAAACAAAAUACUGUAAUUUUUUGUGGUUUUAGAAUUUUGUUUUGACUUAACAGUUUUGUAAAUAAGUUUGGACACUGCUGUCCGACUGAAUCUGUGUACCACAGCAUGUGGGCGGUUCUGAUGGGGGGAGGUACCUAAUAAAGUGGCCAUUUAUGCUUCUGUUUCUACUUAGCGGUAGAAACUGACGAUGUUUUGUCCCCAAAAAUUGACCCAUAGCGUGUCGUUCCUGACCCGCCUUCGGUUGUAGGUCAAUAGGUCAACAGUCCGGUCCGGUUAGGGCGCAGUACUUCAAUCGGUGGUCAUAAAAACAUUGCGGAUUCGUACUGAGAAGACUCUGAGCACAACUUCCUUCUUCACUAAGUGAAAACAAAAUGGAGCCGUCAGAUUUUAGCAGUUGAAGACCACGAGCCAUUUCUCCCCCCAGGUUAGCACGUUUGUUUUGGUUGUAUUUACCCAGAAUGCCCUGCCCUGUAAUCCACUUCCUGCAUUUGGAGCAGUUCCCAAACGCUUGGCGUUCACAUAUGCAUUCAAACCGAACCAGAGUUCACUUCAACCGAACCCAGACCGACAUUUGGAGGACCAGAGUUUGAUUAGCGUUCACACCUCACUCACCUCGCUGAUCUGAAUUCACUCUUUCUUACUCCCAAGCUACGAUUGUCUUCUCUGAUCCUGCGUUCAGCCGUUAUACUAAAGGUCAGUUCACUGUUGACCAAGAAGACGUUUCUGCUAACGGUUAUAGUCAGAGUUAGCAUUUUAUGCUAGCUUUAACAUAAAGAUAAAUUAGGAUUGUUGAUCUUCAUGUUGGAUCGGAAAUUCAAAGAUAAAGAUUUUGUUUAUCAACCCUUUAACAGAUGUGGCAAUCUAGCCAUCUACUAGAAUAUUAGCAUGCUAAUCUUUGAGCACUUUUUUUGUCCAACACUUUGACCUCUGCUAGCUGUUAUUUUACUGCCUGGAUGAAGCCUUUGAUAUUGUUUCAGUCAGAGUGGAUUUUAAUUCAUACAUUCCUAAUUAGCCAACAUAAUUAGCGUAUGCUAAUUUUCAGCACUGCUGAGUCACUUUAUGCUCAAAGCUACCAUGUCGAUUAGCUAGGUGAGACUUCCUUCCUAAUGGUUUAACAAAUUUAACAAAAGUUUGUUUCUGACAUGCAGUAACAAAAGAAAUGAUUUAUUAACUUCAGUGUGUCUAAAUAAACUUUAGAGCCACUAAUCAACAGAAUAUGAUGACGUAAACGGCCCCAAGCUGCACAUUUGUGACCAAAAUCUCAAAACAGUUGAUCCACUUUACAACAAUGCUUCCCUUUAUAGAUGUAUAAAUUCAGUGAAUAGCCAGGAUACAUUUAUAAAUCACCACUAAGAAGCUUUAAGACUAUUUCUACUAAUUCUGACAGAACUGGUUUUAAACUAAAUUACUUUAGAAAGUAAUUUAUUUUUAUUAGACUUUAAUAAUGGUACUCCUGUGAAAUUUAAUAAGCUAAAUGUUUCGUUCUUUUGUUGUGUUGUAAGUUGCUACGCGUCAAAUUAAAAGCAUUAGUAAGGUACGACUGGAACAGGUUUAAAUUCUACAUUUUAUUUUUUUUUUUUUUUACUAAAGACGGACUUCUGUUGCUAUUUGAAAACAUUACAUUUAAGUCCAGAAAAUGGUCUCCAUUUUUAUUUUCUCAACGGAUAAAAAUCAAGAGUAAAAGUUAAUGUAGUGAAAUACUAAAUAAAUAAAAAUAAAGUUGAUUUGGUUCCUUUGGCCUUCAGACCAGGAUGCCCAACGAACUGUUUUUAUUUGUUUUUUUGCUUUUAAGAAAAUCAAUUGAGUAUCCAGAAACCAGGCGGCCAUUUUCCUCCCUGAAGAACCAGUAGCUAUAAAGACAUAAAACAUCUUGUCUUAGAAAGAUGUUUUGUUUGCGAGAAAAUAAUAAAAACUGAUUUGAAAACUUGAAUUAACCCUGUUUUUGUGCCGUUCUGCAUGGAGUUGUGGGUCAUUUGCACUAAAAUGUUAUUACAGGGAACAGAGAGAGGACGCUGUGCUGGUCAGAACAUUUCAGCCUAAAGCUAACAGACAAAACAUGCAGCUAAUUUAGAUUAACACUAGGGGGCAGCAAAUCACAUGCCGGUCCACCAGCUGCAGCAUCUCAUCUGGUUUUUAGUAGAAUAAGAAGGUUUUUAGUAAAAAUCAUGCAAAACAAACCAUGAAGUUUUAUACUAAAAUCCUGCUAAAACUUGUAUGUUAUGGAAAAAGAGUUAAAACCUGCAGAAUUUUAGAAAGAAAAAUUCAGUGUUUUAGUAUAAAACAUGCAGGUUUUAUGUGUACUGCAGCUUGGAUCCAGUAAUUUAUUAUAAUUGGGUUUUUUAGUGAUUUGACCAGAGCUGGGCUGGAAGGAGCCUUUCAGAGUUUGGAUGGGGCCAACAUCUCGCAUGUCGCCACUAGGGGUCAGCACUGACUCUGCUUGCUGGUUUUGCUCUCAUUUUUUAAAUCCAGCACCACAUCGAGGAACGUGGAGACGAGAUUUAUUCCUCACUUAUUUAUCAGAUGGUCAGAUUUUCAACACAAAUUCACCCACAUUAAAGUGUUUUAGAUUAAUUAAUGUGGAUUAUUUGAGGCAUUUAAACAGAUGCAGAGCAUGAAAACAUGGAACCCAUCGCUUUGUGACAGCUGCCAUAUUUAUUAAGCUAAAACAUGUUCCUCACCUGUUGCUUUUUUGAGAGUUUCUACAUUUAUCAGAGCGUUUAAAUCUGAAGUUUGAGUUGGAGCGGCUGACGGUUUCUCCAUCAACCUCGACCGGAUCGUCUCGUCAGAACUUUCCCAUUCCUCAAAAAAAAAAAAAAACCUGCAUGUGGCUCAAUAAAAAAAAUAAAUGUCAGAGUAAAGCUUUUCCUGGGGCUGAAUUUGAUCUGUUGACUGAACCGAACUGGGUCACCGGUGCCUUGUGUGUGAAAUAUUUCAUAUUUAUAUCUACAAAACCGAGUUUGAAGAGCUAAGUUGGCAGGCCGUGUUUACAGGUUGUGGUUGUGUUAAUAAUAAUAUUCUUUAUUCUAAAUUAAAGUUUGCAGAAAUGAGGCUCAUUAAAGUCGACUUCAGUUUUUAACUCGUAGAUAUCUGAUGUAAUGAGGUGAAAAUCUUUAUUUUCUAGUUUUGCAACUUUUAAUUGGUCAUUCAGAUAAUUGCUUUCUAUUGCUUGAGGUUUAAAUUUUGGUUUCAUUUGCUGUGUCUGUUGAUUAGUCAAGAGGUGUCCAAAAUGUGGCUGGUGGGCCGUUUGUGUAGAAAAGGUUUUAGAUUUUAGCUGAAGGACGUAAAACACAAACCAACCAUGGUUUUUGCUUUUAUUUAAAUAUCAAACGUCUAGUGAAUUUUACUGAAAAAAAAUCUGGAAAAGACAGUAAAACAGAAAAUCAACCCACAGAUACGUAAGAUAAAACUGAAAUCUGGCUGUCCUGUUUGUUUACAGUAUAGUUCAGUUUGAGUUUUUGUCAUUUAAAUCUGGUCAGGAUUGGCCCUGGAGUUCAUCAGGGCCGACAGUUUGGACCCCUCUGCUUUAGUGUUUUGACGUUUGUAGUUCAGGCGUAACUCUGCUGUCCAUAUCACUCCGUUUUCCUGACCGAUUUGAACGCAGCGCCUUCACAACCUUCAACACUUCCUGCCCCACUUAUUUUUGAUAACACUCUAAUUUUUUCAUACAUAUACAGAAUCUAUCUCAGACUUAGCGCAUCUGUUCCGGUUUUUUUGUAGUGUGACUUUUUUCGGGGAAACUUUUCCGACCUGAAAUGUUACUCAGCUGUUUUCUGAGAUGAAGCGGAGUUAUGUACUGUAGCUUGUGAAAUGAGAGCACCCCUUUAAAAUCCAAUAAAUUUGAUUUGAUAGACUG